AUGUUACGUCAUAUAUCUUGGCGUUGCGUGCAAUGUGUUUCAUUAGGCUUAACGGCCACUACGGCUGGACUUUCACUGUAUUUUAUUCAACGGAACGAUUAUGACAUUUCAUCGAUAGGCUUGGUCCGUUUCGCUAGGGCCGGAAUCGCGGCUUCACAAAUCGCCCUUGAUUAUAAAUUAACCAUGCGACGUUUUCGUGGUGUCGAUAAUGAGUUGGAAUAUGCGAACGCUAUGAAAGGUGCUCAUGAAAGAAGUGCGCAAAAAUUGCUCGAUUUAGCUUGUGCAAAUGGUGGUGUUUUUAUUAAGGUCGGACAACAUUUGGCCGCGCUGGGCUAUCUUUUACCGGAUGAAUACAUAAAAACCUUGAGUGUUUUGCAUUCACGAGCACCAGAAAGCAGUUUGGACGAUGCUCGAACUGUUUUCGAAGAAGACCUCAAAGUCAAGUUAGAAGAUGUUUUUUCGGAAUUUGAAAGUCGUCCACAAGGAGCCGCUUCACUGGCACAAGUUUAUCGAGCAAAACUGCGCGAAAGUGGUGAGACGGUUGCGGUUAAGGUACAACACCCUCGUGUUAAACCUCAUAGUCUCAUUGAUAUGACAUCGAUGGAGGUGUUAGUGAAGCUAGUGGCGAAGCUGUUUCCUGAGUUUCAUCUUCUUUGGUUAGUUGAUGAGAUGAAGAAGAACUUGCCACUUGAACUGGAUUUCACAAAUGAGGCUGCGAACGCCGAACGGGUACGGACAAUGUACGCGCAUUUGGAUUAUCUUAAGGUUCCAAAAAUUUAUUAUGAAUAUACGACCGAUCGUGUAUUAACGAUGGAAUUCUGUGAUGGUGCUCAAAUAAAUGAUGUUGAUUACUUCAUUGANAAAAUAAGGUCGAUCGUCAUGAGAAAUUUUCAGGUUUGCCGUAAACUAGGUGCUUUAUUCAGUGAGAUGAUAUUCGUAAAUGGAUUGGUGCACUGCGAUCCACAUCCGGGUAACGUUCUCGUCAAUAAGAAUGUCGAUGGUACCAUUUCUAUUGUACUUCUCGAUCAUGGACUCUAUUUGACAUUGCGUGACGAUUUUCGGUUGAAGUACGCGCAGCUGUGGAUGGCUAUACUGAAGCCGGAUCAGGACGAAAUCAAGCGAAUAGCAAGUGAAAUGGGUGUAGGUGAUCUGUAUGGUCUUUUCGCGUGCAUGGUCACUAAUCGGUCGUGGAAGGCUGUAACGGGCGGCGUGAAUAAGGUGAAGGAUGGAGCAGAAGAACGAGAUGAGAUCAAAGCAUAUGCAGCGUCGUUGAUACCUCAAAUAUCAGAAGUACUCGAAAAUAUGCCUCGACCAAUGAUUCUGAUUCUGAAGACGAACGAUCUUUUGCGAAGUAUUGAAUAUCGGCUUGGUACGCAGAAUCGAGCCGAUGCAUUCCUUGAGAUGAGUCGAUGUGUUUUAUGGGCAGUGAACGAACAUGCUCUGCAGAAGACGAAAUCACUCGUCUCACGUUUACGUAUCUACGUCGAUUUGUAUUGGUCACUGCUGAAGAUCUUCAUUUAUGAGCGUUUCUUGAGUAUUAUACACUAUGGUUACACUGCGAGCGCACUUCCGCUUCAGUGA